AUGAAAAAAUGGGAUGAUGAUGCAAGGUUAAAGACUUAUGUAAAUAAAAUUCUAAAUGUCAAAUCAACUAUGUAAAAUAAAUUAAAUACUGCCUCAAAAAGUAAUGAUUUGAUAUCAUUUUGAUUUUAGAAAGAAUCAAUAGAGAUACUGAAUAUAGUAGCAAUGCAACACAUCGAUCAGAUUAAACAAGUUUUAAAGAUAGCAUUCUUUAUAAGUAAUUAGAAUAAUAUAAUAAUAGAUAAUUAGUGGAGUACAAUUUAUAAUAAUAUACAAAUAAAUUAUUGUUAAGAGGAUAUAAGAGUGGUUUACAAUAAUUAGCAUAAUAAUCAUAAGAUUCAUAAAACAUUGUCUUAUAAGAGAUAAAACCAUUGCCUGGACAUAAAUAAAAAUUUAUAGAUUUAUUCAAACAAUUAAAUGAACAUUAAGAAUCUGGCAAUGACAAUAAAAUAGUAAAUUAUAAUAGUUUUGCUUAAAAUCGAAAUACUUUACCUAGCUAAUUAAAUUCGCAUGGAUAAUUUGAAUAAACUAAAGAAGUAUACAUGGAAAUACUUAAACCAAUAAAUAGAAGAGCAUCUAUGAAACAUUUCUCACCUUCCCACGAAUAGACCUAAAUCAAACCAAGAGUAUUACCAAAAUUAGAAAAAGUUUAAAGUAAAGGAAAAAAAGAAAGGAGUCCUUAAUUUGAUGAAAUAAAUUCUAAAUAAAUAGAUUUAUAAGUUAAUAACGUUGCAUAGAUACUAAAUACAAAAGAGAGUAUUUCAAAACCAACAUCCAAAAACAUUAAAAAUCCUAUUUCAAAUUAAAAAAACUAAACAUAGUCUAUAUAAAGAACUCAUUAAGAUAAACCAAAUAAAUUUAUUAAUAAAUUAUUACUGAUUAAUGGAAAAAACAAUAAUGAAGUACAUUUAGAAAGAGAAUCAAUCUAAUUAAUGUAUCAAUCUUUUGACAAUGGAAGAUUAGCAUCAACAUUAAUCAACAUAGACAUAGAAGAAAUAAGUUAUUGUGUUGGAAUUUCAAUUUAAAAAAUGAUGGUUUAAGCAGAUUUAGAUAAUAUACAAAACAUUAAUAAUAAUUUAAUCUAAUAGGUUGAUGAUAAUGUAUCCAGUUAAUCAGAGAGUAUGAAAUAAUAAUAACGUUAGGUUAGAAUGUCAUAAAUGAUGAAAAUGAUGGAGAUUACUUUUAAGAUUAGAAUUUUCUAAGGCAGCAAGACGUUAAUGAAAAAUAGUCUGUGAAAAAAGAACAACUCUAUUAAGAUGAAGAACUAGAUUAUCUUGAAGAUUUAGAAAAUAAUGAAUAAUAAAAUAAUAAUCCUCAGUCAGAGUACUUGGACUAAUAAUUCUAACCUGAUGAUGAAAAUAAGUUAUUAUCUAAUAUUAUUAUUUAGUUAGUAAAUACCUAAAUCACAAUUUUCAGUUGACACAACACUAAAUUAAUAAGAAUCAUUUUUAUUUAAUAAAGUAUUUAUUGAUAUGUAGUUGGCAAAUUACAUACCAAAUGUAGAUAUCAUUCAAAAUUAUUGUAAAAACAUAAUGACAACAACUAAAAUGGAAAGAGAAGUAGCAAUUAUAUCGAUGAUAUAUAUAAAUAGAUUGUUAGAACAUAAUCAAGGAUUAGAAAUUAAUUGUCUGAAUUGGCAGAAAAUUUUAUUUACAGCUUUAGUUAUGGCUUCUAAAAUAUGGGAUGAUGAAUCAUUUGAAAAUAAUAAUUUUGCCAAAGUACUACCAUAGUUUUCAACCAUUUAAAUAAAUGAAAUGGAGAAGGUUUUUUUAAAAUUAAUUGAAUAUCAUCUUUAUGUUAAUUCUGGAGAUUAUGCUAAAUAGUAUUUUUUAUUGAGAACUUAUGCAGAUAAAAAAUAACGAAGUUAUGCUGUUAAAUAAUUAGAUAUUGCAACAGUUCUAAGAUUAUAAAGAGGUGGUCAAUAGUUGAUAACAAAGCAAUAAUUUUUAAACACUUAAAAUAAAAGUUUUUGA